UAUAAGAUCAAUGGCACCAUCUACACUUAACCAACAUAGGUCGGUUGCAGCCCUACAUCACGUCCCUACAAAGUUUCCUUUCGUGUUAUUUGAUGACGUUGAGAGCGAUGACUUACCAAAAUUUAAGAGUAUCGUAGCCAGAAUCGUUGUUAAGUUCCCUAGACGUCAUGACAGCCAACAUUUUAUUCUACAAGACAUCACUGGGUCAAAAAUAGAAGCAAUUUCAUACCGCGAUAAUGUCCAAAGAUUUGACACCUUACUCCAACAAGGAUCUACAUAUACAUUAUAUGGAGUGGCGUUCUAUGUAAGCUGGGGGCCGUAUCUAUUUCGGAAUUUUGGACAUAGGCUAGAAUUGACCUUGGCAACUCGGACUGUUGUGGAACCAUUCCACUUGCCAAUUCAGUUCCCGCCGUAUCCAAAACAUCUUAUGCCAUUUCAUGAGGUCCUCCAACAACCUCAUAAGAGGUUUAUAGAUGUAAUAGGAAUUGUCAUUCAUUUGGCGCCGUUAGAGCACAUCGGUGGAAGGCCGUACAGAGAGGCCAUACUAAUGGAUUCCAGGUGGGAUAUAAUCGUCGUGGGUAUUUGGCCUGAACUGUUGCAAAGAAAUGCUCUACGGUGGGUGUUAGCUAGAGAAAACAAGAGCAUAAUUAUCGGAACUAUGCUGCGCCGUAACAAGCUACACAGAUGCUUGCAAACCUCGGACCAUAGCACUGUUGAAUUCGAUCCAGAUCAUCACACCACACAACGGUUGCAGACAAUUCGGCGCUCCAUGAUCCAAAAUCCGAGGAGUGCUUUAAUCAACAAUUAUCUAGAGAGGAGACGGGCUUAUCUGGCAACAGUGGUACCGGAUGUGUAGUGUGAUAGCUUGUUACAUUAUAGGAUUUGAAGUUAUGUGUCAAC